UCUUUCAUUGCUUAAAGGUUGAGAUGGCGGCUAAACCACUAACAAACGAGGCUAUUGCUCUCACAGAGAAGAAAAUGGACAUGACAUUAGAUGAUAUCAUCAAAAUGUCCAAAAGUACCACAAAUAAGGAUAAGAAGCAAAGAAUUCCGAAUAAAAGUGCAAAAUUCUUGAACAAUGCUGCCCAAGUGAAAACUGCACAAUUGCGACAGUUUAUGAACUCAAAAUCUUCUCUUAGACAGGGAGCUCUUGCUCAGAGGAGGUCAAAUUUCCAGGGAAACCAAUUUCAUUUGGCAACCGAAGCUGCACGCAAGGCUGCAGUUGCUCCCAUACGUAACAGACCUUUUAACCGAAGCAGGGCGGUUGACAUGAUUAAACCGAGGGUUGUAGGUCCACCAGUUCAGAGGAGGGCUGCAAAUGGUGGCUUUGCUGUGAAGCGGUCACAGCAAGCAAGCAUGGUGCUUAAGCAGAGGCCUCAAACUUUGGAUUCUCUGUUUGCGAACAUGAAGGAGCAGAGGAUGAGGGUUUCGGCUCAACAUAAUAAUGGUGGAAGACAAACUGGAGGUGGUCGGCAAAGGCAGCAAUGGGGAAGAGGUCGAUUUGGCAACUGAUACCAGCUACUUGUGCACAGCAUCCUUGUUGCAUUCAAGAAAUCAUUGUUCCGAGUUAAAGUACUUGGGAAAACCAAACUGCAGAGCCUUGGAUACUUUUAUUCAUGUCAAUUUUAUGAAGCAGCCUUUUUCCAUUUUUUUAGUUCAUUCACUGUGGUACUGUAUAGCUUUCUUUUAGUUUUUGCCUGCGCCCUUGACAUAUUUCAUGGCUUUUAUUGACUGAAACAAUGGUACUGUCUUGUGGGAACGAUGAGAUUGUAUUUGGUGUUUUGAAGCUUGAAAUUUUGAACUGAGGUGGCUUUUGGUUC